AUGGUCAAGCACAUACUGAAUGCACAGGCAGCAAUACGAGCGCCAUGCUGUCAGAAAUGGUUCGACUGUCCAGAGUGUCACGCCGAGAAGUCAGAUCACCCGUUGCUGAAGAUGAGCGAGGUCGUCAUUGCGUGCAAGAAGUGCAAGAAAGUCUUCAGGAAGGAUAUGGAGCGACUUAUGGCGGAUCCCCAAGCUGAAGGCGGUGCCAAAGGGGAAGACGACGCGGAUGAGUAUUGUCCAUAUUGCGACAACAAAUUUGUGUUGGAUGCGAAAACGCCUGCGCCUGUGAUAGGCUGGGAAGGCGACGAUGUCCGCAUGGACAACAGGAUGAUGAAGGAUCAGAGGAUACGGCAAAAGACUGCAGCGGAGGUUGCAGACGAGUUGCUCCAGGACAUGCUAGAGGACACCUCAGUCCCGAGCUGA